UGCGGGUGGUGGUGCGGGGAGAUGCGGACGGCCGGGCGUCUCGGGAACGGCGCGGCGCUGUGGCUGCUGCUGGCGGCGCAGGCGGUGGCGGCGAUCGAGCCCAUUACCGUGGGCAUCGCCAUCGGGGCCGCGUCGGUCAUCACCGGCUACCUCUCCUACCAGGACCUGUACUGUCGCUUCGCCGAGUGCUGCGGCAAGCAUCGGCCGCUCAACGCGACCGCCCUCAAGCUGGAUUUGGAGGAGAAGCUGUUUGGGCAGCAUCUGGCCGCGGAGGUGAUUGUCAAGGCGCUGACUGGCUUCAGGAGCAACAACAAUCCCAAGAAACCACUGACUCUUUCCUUGCACGGCUGGGCUGGCACAGGCAAGAAUUUUGUGAGCCAAAUUGUGGCUGAAAAUCUUUAUGCAAAAGGCCUGAAGAGUAACUUUGUCCACCUGUUUGUGUCGACUCUGCACUUCCCUCACGAGCAGCACAUAAAGCUGUACCAGGACCAGUUACAGAGGUGGAUUCGGGGUAACGUGAGUGCCUGUGCAAGCUCCGUGUUCAUAUUUGAUGAGAUGGAUAAACUGCACCCCGGGGUCAUCGACGCCAUCAAGCCGUUUCUGGACUACUAUGAGCAGGUUGAUGGCGUGUCGUACCGGAAGGCCAUCUUCAUCUUCCUCAGCAACGCAGGCGGGGACCUCAUCACGAAGACGGCCCUGGAGUUCUGGCGGGCGGGAAGGAAGAGGGAGGACAUCCAGCUGAAAGACCUGGAGCACGCGCUGUCGGUGGGAGUCUUCAACAACAAGCACAGUGGCCUGUGGCGCAGCGGGCUGAUAUACAAAAGACUCAUCGACUACUUCAUCCCCUUCCUGCCCCUGGAGUACACGCAUGUGAAGAUGUGUGUGCGGGCCGAGAUGAAGGCCCGUGGUUCCGCCAUAGACGAAGACGUUGUCACCAGAGUGGCAGAGGAAAUGACGUUUUACCCCAAAGGUGAAAAAAUCUUCUCCGACAGGGGCUGCAAGACUGUGCAGUCACGGCUGGAUUUCCAGUGAGCUCCAUCCGAGCAGGGUCCGAGCCAGCUGGGAGCUCAGGAGCCAGGGCCCGGCCUUUCAGAAGCAUUCUGAAGAUGUCGUCGGGGUUUGCACAUUUGUACCUGUGGACUUUUGGAAUCUAGAAGUUUCCAAGAGUUGAUUUUUGAUGAGCCGCUAAUCUGCCAAGUGCACUUGUCAUUUUGCAACAUGGUAGCAAUGCAACUGUUGCUGCAGUUGAAGAUGAACUUUUAAAACCCGCUCUCUCCCACUCCUUCUACUGACUUUGCAGAAGUGCCUUCAAACAGCUGUCUGUGUGAGACCCAUGACUGUGGCCCUCAAGCUGCUGUCCCUCCUGAAGUCCAGGGCCUGCUGCAAGCUGGGAGCACUGCUGUCACCUGCCGGAAUCAGGCUUCCGCUCCGGUUCUCUCUUCACAGAGAGCGUCCCGACUUGAAGUAUUUUCAGUGGAGAAUGGUGGUGCCUUCAGGCACAGGCUGUGUCUGGCGGGAGGACGUGUGGGGUGCUCGUCUGUGCGGCAGCCAGACGGACAGAUCAUCGCCGCCUGGCCGUUGCUCUGCUGCUCGGGGAACCCGCUCGCCUCUCCCUGUGGCACUUCUGAACGUCGGUGACCACCAGCUUCCCCCGCCGUUAGUCGGACUGGAACCGGAGCGUUGCUUUCAGUUUCAAGUCCUUGGUCCCAUGGGGAAAUGUUUGUUACAGCUUAUACUUAGGUCAUUCUCUCGCCAUAACCCACAGAACCAUUUGAAAUCCUAGAACAUGGUCAUCUCUGUGGAGAUGGGGUCAGCUUGCAGACUCUGCAUUGCCAAAGAGGAAGUAUCGUACACUAGAAACAGUAGUUUUCAAGGAUGAGUAUAUACACACACACACACACACACACACACACACACAUAUAUUUUAAUAUAUUUUUGUUGAUUUUAGAGGGAAAGAGAGGGAGAUAGAAACAUCAAUGAUAAGAGAGAAUCAUCGAUCAGCUGCCUCCUGCAUGCCACCCCCCCACUGGGGAUCGAGCCUACAACCUGGGCACUUCCCCCUGGGCGGAGUCAAACCUGGGACCCUUCAGUCCACAGGUUUGGCUCUAUCCACUGAGCGAAACCAGCCAGGGCAAGGAUGAGUAUAUUUUUAUAAUGUUUGUAUUUCUGGAUGUUAGAGAAUACUAAGGUAGGGCGUUGCUCAUUUUAAACAUGGGAAGGACACUAAUGGAAUAAUUGUCUAUGAUCAGAAACUCUGAAAUGAAGGGUAUGAUUUAUUGUCAAAUGCAUGGUACUGUACUGUCACAAUUAUAGAACAAAGUAAUUAUUGAUCAGCCUGGAGUUGUGGCUUUCCUGGGUGUCAUCUGAUAGUGACGCCCUCUGUGGCAGUGCAGGCUGGACUGCCCUGGUCCCUGGGAAUCAGACGAUCCCAGCCCGUGUGAAGCGUUUAGCUCAUGGUUGCAGUGGACCUACAGAUGUAAUGAGGACGUGCAGCCUUUUCACGUAGAUGUGGUAAAUGAAUAUUUUUAUGACAUGGAAGGCCUUAUGGAGGAUCAUACUGUCCUUUAAAAAUGCCAAAGUGAGGUAACGAAUGCUCAGAUUGGAGGAACCUUUUUUCUGCCAAGGGACAUUUGGAUAUUUGUAACAUCAUUCAGGGGCCAUACAGAAUUAUCAACUUAAAAAUUAGCCUGAUAUAUUUGGUCAAACACUUAAUUAACUUAUCCCUGAUGCUUUGGUAGGGCCGGACCAAAUGAUUUCAUGGGUCAUAUAUGGCCCUGGGGCUGGACCUUCCCCACCCCCGGUUUACAAUGAUGCAGUCAACUCAGCAUAUGUUGGCCACGUCAAAACUGCCUGUUGUAAAAGGAAUCACGUGGAUGUAAAGUGCAGCCUAGGGAAUCGUCAAUAAUAACUGUGGUGUCAAAAGGGACCAUUACUGGUUUGUAACUUGAAAAGGCCACAGUUGACCAUGGAACAGCCUCCCCCACCCCACACAAUGUACACGGGAGCUUGAGAUGACCCAGUGAAUCUACACUAAUAAAAGAGAAAGAUGCAAA